ACAGCCCUCUCCUCUCUCGGCAGGUGAAGAAGAUGGGCGAGCUCGGCCUGCUGGCCAUGGAUGUGCCCGUGGAGCUGGGCGGCGCCGGCCUUGACUACCUGGCCUAUGCCGUCGCCAUGGAGGAGAUCAGCCGCGGCUGCGCCUCCACGGGCGUCAUCAUGAGCGUCAACAACUCCCUCUACCUGGGGCCAGUCCAGAAGUUCGGCUCCCAGGAGCAGAAGGCACAGUGGGUCACCCCUUUCACCGGCGGUGACAAGAUCGGCUGCUUUGCCCUCAGUGAACCAGGCAACGGCAGCGACGCGGGGGCUGCUUCCACCACCGCCCGGGCAGACGGAGACUCGUGGGUCCUGAACGGCACCAAGGCCUGGAUCACCAACUCCUGGGAGGCGUCGGCCACUGUGGUCUUUGCCAGCACCGACAGAGCCCAGAAGAACAAGGGCAUCAGUGCCUUCCUGGUCCCUAUGCCGACGCCGGGGCUCACGCUGGGGAAGAAGGAGGACAAGCUGGGCAUCCGGGCCUCCUCCACCGCCAACCUCAUCUUCGAGGACUGUCGCAUCCCCAAGGAGAACCUGCUGGGGGAGCCGGGGAUGGGCUUCAAGAUCGCCAUGCAAACCCUGGACAUGGGCCGCAUCGGCAUCGCCUCACAGGCCCUGGGCAUCGCCCAGGCCGCCCUCGACUGUGCCGUCAGCUACGCUGAGGGCCGCAGGGCCUUCGGGGCGCCUAUCACCAAGCUCCAGGGCAUCCAGUUCAAGCUGUCAGACAUGGCGCUGGCCCUGGAGAGCGCCCGGCUGCUGACCUGGCGCGCCGCCAUGCUCAAGGACAACAAGAAGCCCUUCACCAAGGAGGCCGCCAUGGCCAAGCUGGCUGCGUCCGAGGCCGCGACCGCCAUCAGCCACCAGGCCAUCCAGAUCCUCGGCGGCAUGGGCUACGUGACCGAGAUGCCCGCCGAGCGGCACUACCGCGACGCCCGCAUCACCGAGAUCUACGAGGGCACCAGCGAGAUCCAGAGGCUGGUCAUCGCCGGGCACCUGCUCAAGAGCUACCGCGGCUGAGCCCUCGGGGCAGGCAGCCUG